AUGAAUGAGCUGUGGUCAAGGGCCAGCUCCGACGGCUCAUCAGUCAAUCUUAGCGAGUCGAAGAUUCCGAAUAUUAUCAUCUGCAAUGCGGUACUCAUUGUAGCCUCCACGCUGGCGCUUGGGGUAAGGCUGCUGGUACGAAUUCGGUGGCUCACAGGAAUUGGGAUGGAUGAUGUCUUCUGUAUAAUUGGCUGGGUGUUCGGAUUUGUCGAAUGUCUAGUGUGUAUAUUAAUGACGAACUAUGGCUAUGGAAAACAUAUUGAAUCGACAACCGAUGAGAAUACACUGGCGAUGUUCUUGAAGCUUGACUUCGUCACCGAAAUUACCUAUUUACUCUCAUUGGGCGCCAUCAAAUUGUCCUUCUGCUUCUUCUAUUUGAGGAUUUUCCCGGGCAAUACUUUUCGCAGAAUGUGCUGGGCUUUGAUGGCAAUCGUAGUCGCCGAGACGACCGAAGAGGUGUUCAUUGUCAUCUUCCAAUGCAGUCCAGUUUCAAAGGCUUGGGAUCCAUCUGGUACAGCGCCUGGGAAGUGUCUCUCACUUUCGGUCUUUUAUUAUAUCUCGUUCGCCAUCCGACUGGUCACAGAUAUCGCAUUAUUCGUUCUCCCGAUCCCCAAGUUGCUACAGUUGAAAAUGACUGUCGGAAAGCGAGCGGGUCUGCUUUUCAUGUUUGGCCUCGGUGUUCUUGUUGUUGUGACGAGUAUUAUUCGAAUUACAUAUCUCAGCAAUUUCUCAUUGGAUCACACAUGGUCUCUUGUCAACACCUUGAAUUGGUCAUCAGUCGAACUCGGCGUGGCUAUUUUCAUUGCUUGUUUCCCCUCCUUCAAAACCCUCAUUACUUUCCGGUUUCCAGGGCUGCGCCGUAUUUUGGGUCUAUCCAGUAACCGCAGUUACGGUGGGCGUUACGAAAUGUAUGGGGCGUCUGGGCGACGAACGGAUGAUCCUCGAUCGUGGGCUGGGCCUCGGACCCACGUUGCAAGUGCCAAAUUUGGCCAUGUCACCACCACAUCACGGGCUCAAACAGACGUUGAAGCCAGUCGCAAUGGGUCAGAGGAGCACAUUAUAACCCCAGAAUCACCGGCUGGGAUCCAAGUUACGACAGAUGUGAGUGUGAAUCGCUCACACAGUACAACACCACCGCCGGCUGGUCAUAAUGCCGGCUGGCCCCUCAAUGAAUGA